AUGCAUGUCCUCCAACGGGUAGAAGAAAGUAUUGCUCCAUUUUUUUUUUCACUACACGACCUUGAUUACCUAUUGAUUUUGGUUGCAGCCGAAGCCCUGGGGCUUCCACUGGUCCCUCCAUAUCUGGGUCUUUCAGAGAAAGAGCGGCAAGAGAUUCGAACUGGCAUUAAUUAUGGAUCGGGGUCAGCAGGCAUUCUCCCAGAAACAGGAACAAUUUUGGGACCCAACUUGAGCCUGGACACACAGCUCAAAUUGUUCACAGAAACUGUGCAAAAGUACUUGAGUAACACUUUUAAGGGUCCAAAUGAGCUUUCUGAUCACUUCUCCAAGUCUAUUUUCUACAUUAACAUUGGGAGCAAUGACUUCAUCUAUACCUACUUAAAUGAACCUGAUCUCUCCAAUCCCAGGUACAAGCCUACAGUCCUCUCUAACGAUCUCACAGAAAGAUUAUCACAAAAUUUGCAGGCACUGUAUAUGCUUGGGGCUAGGAAGUUCGUAGUAGCUAAUCUCGGUCUAAUUGGGUGCAUUCCUUAUAUCGUUAACAGAAGAAAGCCCAAAGGAGUAUGUGUUGAAGAACUGAAUCAGUUUGUGGAAGUUUAUAACAGUAAGCUUAUUGAGCUACUGAAAGGGCAGAGUUCCACCCUCCCUGGUUCAACCUUCGUGACUCUAAAAUCUUAUGAAUUGUCUACAUUAAUGGCAUCGGAGGAAUCAAUGACCCAAGGCCCUGUUGUGUUGAUGCUGGCAAUGGAUCCUUGCCAUGCACCCCCAACGUAG